CUCGGCCAGUGGUAGUCUACCUCCUCCGCCUUCUCGAUGCUGCAAAACCGUACAAAAAUAGGAGGGAGACAAGGAGGAAGAAGAAGGAGAAGAAGUUGGACCCUUGAAUUGGGAAAAGGAUUGAACUUCUAGAGGCGAGUGAAUUGGGUUUGAAGAUUUGAGGGUUUUUUGGCGUCUCUGGCUUCUGCUCUGAAAGUAUGGAGAAAUGGCUGAGAUAGAUCUACAAUGGAUAAUUUGAUAUGGCGUGUCAAGUGAGGGGCUAGGGCUAGAGGGAUGGGGGCUUCAUCUCUAUUCUCGCUUGCUGAAACUUUCCGCUCUUCAGCUCCGGCCGCAGGUGCGUGAAGGCCACGUGAUCCUGGUCGACUGUCUCUUCCUCCACAGUUCUGGACAAUGGUUUCGAAGCUCUGGCGAUUCUGACAGGUCAAUAACAACAAGUUGAAGAGGAUCCUGCUGAUGCUGAACCUAAGUUUAACCCUUUUACUGGAUCUGGAAGACGCUUGGAUGGGAAACCUUUGAAAUAUGAGCCAGCACCGGCUUCUUCCUCAGGAUCCAAAGACAAGAAACCUGUAGUUACCAAUGGAAAUGCGCAACCUUCUACAGGAUCUAGUUCACAAGCUACCAGCGGUCAGGCUCAGGGAAAACUUGUUUUCGGAGCAAACACUACUACAAAAGGACCUAAUAGUGUCACUUCUUGCGUCGGUUUAAUAUUAUAUAGUGGCGAAAAAGAGAUUUGCGACACUCACUGAAGAUGACGUCGUAUUUAGUGUCGCUUAUAAGCGUCAUAAAAUUUCUAUGUCGCUUUUAAACCGACGUAAAAAUUUAGUGUCGCUUAUAACCGACAUAUAUUUUAAUAUUUUUAAGCAAUGGCGUCACUUUAAAUAAAAUAGUGUCGCUUUUAAGCGACAUAAACUAUGGGUGUCGCUUCUAGGCGACACUAAUUCUUGUUUUUAAUAUUUUAAAUCCUGCGUCGGUUUUGAGCGACAUAUAUUUUGAAAACCAGUGUCGGUUGUAAGCGACACAUUGUUGCUCUUUAUACCCUCUCCCCCGUGUUUUCUUUUUCUUCUCUUGCACUUUUCUUAUUCGUUCUUCCAACCUUUACAAAGUCUCCCGUGUUCUUCUUUCAGCUUUCUCCUGUGGUUUGCACUUCAUUUGUUCCUCUGUUCUCUCUUUCAGCUUUCUCCUUUGGUUUUCAAAAUUCAUUUGUUCCUCUUCACAACAGAAAGUUAUUGGAGUUGGUUGAGUACAUAAAGAAUUGUUGACGUCGAAAUUCUUCAACAAAUCAGGUGUUGAAAAUUAAAAGAUUGCAAUCGUGAUAGAGUUCGAGGGGUGAAAGAUAGAAAUUGAAAAUUUUGAUAGUUAUGCCUACAUGAUAGGGAUUGAAAGAUUGUAGGCAUCUUAGUGUCAACGUAAUAUUUUACCUUCGUAAAGUGGUAAAAUAUGGACAGGAGUUGGUUGACAAUACCCCGAAAUUUUGAAGCGUAUACAACUGGAAUUAAUUUGUUUUUGGAUCAAGCAGUUGCAAAUGGUGUUGGUCCUGAUAAGUUUAGAUGUCCUUGCAAAAGAUGUUGUAAUCGAUAUUCUUUUGUUAGGAACACCAUUGUUGAACAUCUCAUAUUGUAUGAUAUGGAUAAAGAUUAUAAAAACGCUUGUUGGCGACAUCAUGGCGAGCAAAACAUUGGAGAGCAAAAUGUGGGAAUUGGAGAAGAAGAAACAGGAGAUGAGGUGAUUGGCAUGCAUGAUUUUCUUAAUGAUGUAUUUGUCCAACCAUUAACAGAAGAAUGUGUUGGGCCAUCUACUGAACCCCCUAUUGGGGAAGGGCGUCCAGAAGAGGUGCAGACUUUUUUUAAGUUGCUUGAAGAGGCAGAUCAAGAUUUGUGGCCAGGUUGUAAGGAGUUUAAGAAAUUGGAAGCAGUUGUAAGAUUGUAUCAGAUCAAGUGUUUAGCGGGAAUGCCUGACGAGAUCUUCACCACUUUACUGGAGUUAAUUAAAAGAAUGUUGCCUGAAGGGGAUUGUUUGCCUGAAUCUUGUUAUAAAGCAAAAAAACUUAUAAAUGACUUGGGGCUGUCGUAUGUGAAAAUUGAUGCAUGUCCCAAUGAUUGCAUGAUCUAUUGGAAAGAUACUUCAGAUUUGACCGUGUGCUCAGUUUGUGGUAAAUCAAGAUAUAAAAUUACCAAUGCAGAGGAUAGCUCGAGGAAAAAGGUCGCAGCUAAGGUUAUGUGGUAUUUUCCUUUAAAACCACGAUUGCAACGCUUUUUUAUGUCGAAGCAUAUGGCUGAACAUAUGAGAUGGCAUGCAACUGAAUGUCCUAAGGAUGAGUUUAUGAGACAUCCUUCAGAUUCUCCCGCAUGGAAGCAUUUGGAUAAUUUAUAUCCGGAUUUUGCGUCAGAAAUUCGAAAUGUCCGAUUAGGGUUAGCCAGUGAUGGAUUUAAUCCUUUUGGGAAAAUGAGGAAUGAUCAUAGCACAUGGCCUGUGGUGCUUUCUGUUUAUAAUUUGCCACCUUGGAUGUGCAUGAAGCAACCAAAUUUGUUAUUGUCUUUGUUAAUACCAGGAUCGUGCAGUCCUGGUAAAGAGAUUGAUGUAUACAUGCGUCCAUUGAUUGACGAGCUGAAUGAGUUGUGGGAGGUGGGCAUUCCCACUUAUGAUGCGUUUUCCAACCAAAGUUUUACGAUGAAGGCUGCCGUGUUAUGGACCAUAAGUGAUUUUCCGGCUUAUGGAAUGUUGUCAGGAUGGAGUACACAUGGUUAUAAAGCUUGUCCACAUUGCAUGCAUGAUAAAGAAUCUAUUUACUUGCCAGCGAGUCGCAAGAUUUGUUAUAUGGGGCAUCGACGAUUUCUUGAAGAUAAUCAUAGGUUUCGAAGGCAAACCAUCACUUUUAAUGGUCGUCGAGAGCAUCGUACUGCACCAAGGCAGUGGACUGGUUUACAAUGUCUCGAAGAACUUUCUACAUUGAGAUUUACUUUUGGAAAACCAAACAAGGAUGCUUCAGUUGGGCAACGCAGAAGAAGAGCUUCGAGCAGUACAAGUAGUAACAGUCAGUGGAAGAAGAAAUCGAUUUUUUAUGAACUACCUUAUUGGAGGCAUCUCUUGAUUAGACACAAUCUUGAUGUUAUGCAUAUCGAGAAGAAUAUAUGUGACAGUGUGGUGGGAACAUUGCUAGAUAUAGAAAAGUCUAAAGAUGGAUUGGCGGCACGUGCAGAUCUUGAAUUCUUGAACAUAAGACAUAGUCAACACCCACGUAGAGAAGGAAAUAGAACAUUUCGACCUCCAGCAUUGUUCACAUUGAAAAGAGAAGAAAAAACUGCGUUUUGUAAAGUAUUGUCUACUAUUCGGGUCCCAGAUGAAUAUUCAUCAAAUCUGUCACGAUGUGUGCACGUGAAUGAACGAAAAAUACAUGGGUUGAAAAGUCAUGAUUGCCAUGUUUUAAUGCAGCAGUUACUCCCGCUUGCAAUACGCCCGGUUUUGCCUAAAGCUGUUACUAUGGUUUUAUUAGAGUUGAGUGCAAUUUUCAGACAGUUAUGUAGUAAGAAGGAGUCUGAGGAAGGAUUUAAGCAACUGAAUUCAAGAAUUGCCUUGACAUUAUGUCAACUUGAGAAAAUAUUCCCUCCUGCAUUUUUUGAUAUAAUGGUGCACCUCCCAGUUCACUUGGCAGAUGAAGUAGCGCUUACAGGGCCUGUUCAAUAUAGAUGGAUGUAUCCAAUUGAACGGUAUUUGCAAACACUGAAGCGCUAUGUUCGUAAUAAGGGUCAUCCUGAAGGUUCUAUUGCUGAAGCAUAUUUGGUGGAUGAGUGCUUGUCAUUUUGUUCCAUGUAUCUUAGAGACGUUGAGUCUCGUCGUACCCGUAGAGGCCGAAAUGAAGAUGGGAUUGGACGUGGAGUAUCUGGUGGGUUAUCAAUUUUUGACUCGAAAGGAUGUUAUAUGGGUUCAGGAGAAAAUGUGGAGCUCAAUCUAAAUGUUCUUGAUCAGUGCCAUAGAUACAUUCUAAAUAAUUGUGAUGAAGUUAGCCCAUUUAGAAGGCAACAUGAAGAAUUCUUGAAAACUAAAUAUCGUCGAGAAAGGUUAACUAUGCGACAAAUUAAAGAGCUAAGCAAGAAAGAAUUUCCAGAAUGGUUCAAGCAACAUAUGAAUUCAAGAUAUGAUGCUAAUGACACAUUGAUAUCUCAAGACUUGCAUUGGCUAGCUAAUUAUCCUAGUAGGGUUGUGAGCAGAUACAAAAGUCACAUUGUUCAUGGAUUUAGAUUUCGUAUAAAAUCUGUGGAUGAUAAGCAUAAGAAUCAAAACUGUGGUGUCUUUGUACCUGCAAAUGUUCCUGGAGCAAUUGGGCAAGUAAAUUGUUAUGGCAGAGUUGUAGAUAUGUUCGAGGUCAAAUAUUGUGGUCCUACUGAAGCAGGAGAUAGGGGUCGAGCUGUGAUGUUAUUUAAGUGCGAAUGGGUUAAUAGUGAAAGUCCACGAGGAAUGAAGACUGAUCAAUAUGGAUUUACUAUGGUGAAUUUCAAUCAAUUGGGAUUUAAAGAGGAUCCUUUCAUACUAGCAUCACAAGCAUUACAGGCAUUUUACGUGGAGGACACGAUUGAAAAAGAUUGGCACGUAGUUGUUCGAACUCAGCCAAGAGAUUUAUUUGACGUAUUAGAGGAUAGUGAUGCUAUUGAUGAUUAUGACACGCCGAACUUGGAUGAUCGAAUUCUUGAUAAUGAAAAUUUUCAUACAAGGGUUGGCGUGGAAGAGACUCUCUUUCUUGAAUCAUUAGCGUUGCCUACCGGGUUCGUUAAUCAUGCCAAUACCGACGAAGAGCUAACAGAUGAUGACAGGGAAUAAAUAUAUUAAUUAUUUUUUGUUAAUUAUUUUUUGUAUUAAUUAGACUUUGUUUUAUUUUGUAUGCUAUGAUAUCGUAUCAUAAAAUUAUAUUUCUGUUUUUUUUUUUCCUUGUUUUCUGUCGCUUUUAACCGACGGCAUUUUUCAGGUAUGUUAGAAUUGGCGUCGGUUUUAACCGACGCAACCCCAGCCUAUUUCGACGCAAUGUUAACCUUAGGACAUGUGUGUCAGACUUGGCGUCGGUUUUAACCGACACAACCCUAGCCUAUUUCAACGCAAUAUGAGACUAUUUCGACGCAAGAUACUUGUUGUCAAUCAUAUGCAUUACCCCUAAUA